AUGGAGUAUCGUAACGGGGGCCUUCUCUUCACGUCAAAGUUCGACUCGGGUAACUUAGCCCGAGUGGAGCGUGUCUGCCGUGAUGACGAGGACGAUCCUAGCAUACGACGAGUCGGGGACCCAAGCCCGGCUCCAGACUAUGAGUUCAAUGUGUGGACCAAGCCCGACUGUGGCGGCACGGAGUUUGAAAAUGGCAACAGGUCCUGGUUCCAUUUUGCCAUCAAGGGCUGUCCAAUGAACAAGCUGGUGAAGAUCAACAUCAUGAAUAUGAAUAAGCAGGGGAAGUUAUACAGUCAGGGCAUGGCGCCUGUGGUACGCGUGCUGCCCCAGAAGCCAAAGUGGGAACGAAUUAGGGAGAGGCCAACGUAUGAGAACGCGGAUGGCCAGUUCAUUCUAACCUUCACGUACCGCUUUGAGUAUCGGUUCUCUUCCGUCUAUUUCGCAUUCUGCUACCCGUAUUCCUACGCUGAGUGCCAGCAGAAGAUGGACGACUUGGACACUCAGUUUGCCCACUGCCAAAACCUUUCACCGUCCAGUCCCGUCAACUCCAUAUACUACCACCGAGAGCUGCUGUGCUAUUCGUUGGACAGGCUCCGCGUUGACCUCAUGACAAUUACAUCAUGCCAUGGAUUGACCAAUCAGAGGGAGCCACGUCUACCUAAGCUAUUUCCGGAUCAGUCGGUGCCCCGCGCUUUCAAAUUCAAAGGCAAACGGGUAUUCUUUCUAACAAGCCGGGUUCACCCAGGUGAGACCCCAGCCAGCUUUGUCUUCAACGGAUUCCUUGAGUUCAUCCUACGACCUAAGGACCCACGUGCCAUCCAGCUACGCAGGCAGUACGUCUUCAAGCUUAUCCCGUUGCUGAACCCGGACGGUGUGCAGCGCGGGCACUACCGGACUGACCAGAAAGGCGUCAACUUGAACCGUGUGUACCUCAACCCCGACUUCAACCUCCAUCCAUCCAUUUACGCUGUUAAGAAUCUGAUUCUGCAUCAACAUGUGAGCUCCAGGGUGGUUUCGAGCGCAAGUCCGAGUCCGAGAAAAGCUGACUUGAAGACGGUUUCGGAAAGGAGCGAAAAGGGGGAAGGGGAGGGCACCGUGGCAGUUUUGCCUUGUGUUGAGAUGAAGCCGUGCCCAGCGAAUGCGAUAGUCUUGAUCCACGAAGGUUCCGGGGAAGCUGGGUCGCUGAACACCGAAUGUCAAAUGAACGACGCGAUUGACGAACUGAUUGUGAAAUCAGAAGCUGAUUUUGUUGACCGACACAAAGCAGCAGAAUUGUUGGAUACCGGCUUGCCUGCAUCCGACACCGUUAGUGUGUCCAGGGAACGUUUAGACAGCAAAAAGUGUGUGGACCACGAGUCCCGAUCACGCGGAUCUUCCAUAGCCAAAGAGAGCUCUGUCGAUGGUGAUUCAGGAGGUGAAGAAGAUGACGACACCGGGCUUCGAAGACCCUCCGUAACUUCUCAGGACACAACAAAAAUUGAAUCAAAUGACGAAGCCACACCGAACAUUCCGCCAAACGAGAGCGGGGUGGCGCUAUACGUAGACCUCCAUGGCCACGCCUCGAAGCGAGGCUGCUUCAUGUACGGCAACUACUUUGAUGACGAAGAACGACACGUCGACAACCUCCUGUUCCCGAAGCUGAUCGCAAUGAACUCAGCUCAUUUUGACUUUGACGGGUGCAACUUCACAGAGAAGAACAUGUACACAAAAGAUAAACGGGACGGCAUGUCUAAAGAAGGCAGCGGGCGGGUUGCUAUACAUAAAGCUACUGGGAUUAUACAUAGCUACACCUUAGAAUGCAACUACAACUCGGGCCGGUUUGUCAACUCGCUCUCCCCGGCUACUACGGACGAUGGCCACGCUACCCCACCCCCGCUUGCCGGAUACCCUCCUAAGUACAGCCCCCAGCACUUUGAAGAGGUUGGCAGGGCGGUUGCCGUUGCAGCGAUAGACCUCACCAACACCAACCCCUGGUCCAGAUUGGCGUCCACCGAGUACGCCAACGUCGUGGGAGUACGGGCCUGGGUCCAACGCUAUCUGCGUAGCAUGCGUGGAGCGCCCUCCCUCCCCAAGAAAAUGGCGCGCGUCGCCUCAAAGACCUCAAGCAUUGUCGCCAGCGCCACUGCCAAUACAUUCCACAACAGGCCACGUUUCUCUUGGAGCGACACAACAACAAGUCAAGCCCCCUCUAGUGUUCAAAACAAUCCAGUGUCGUCAAUAUCAUCAACCACCACGGCCACCGGCAAGAAAACGACAACACGGCAUCUGGGCCCCGUAAGAGAAACAAAGGCAACGAUCGAGAGAAAGAAGCACGUGCAACAGAUGCAGGGGUCAAAGUUGAUGUCAGCCUCUGUCCCAGCGUUCGGUAGCACCACCCUGAGGUCACACCCCCUGCCAAACCAGGGUCGACAAGCCCUCCCAAACCCCACCACCCCACACCAAUCCAACAACCACCACAUCAACAUCGGCCUAACGAGCAGUCUCAAAACCCACAAGACUAGCCCCCAGUCCCACAACCACCUGUUGCAAGGGGUGCAGCAUCCCAACGUACACGGGGUGACAAACCCUGUGACGCACGGGGUCCCGCCACCCAUCCGACACGGCGUGACGCUCCCCGGAACACUUCCAGGCAAGCACCAGAAACUGGGCGACCCUUUGCAGGCGACGCAGAACGUCGUGCACGAGUUGUUAAGCAACGUGAUGAUCAAAGCGCUAGAAGAAUCCAUGAUGGCGCAGACAAGAGGCGUGUCUAAAGUCUCCUGCGUUUCCCUUUCGCCCUUGCCUCCCCCAUCCCCUGACGCCCCGCCCACCUCGCAUGCUAAGCCCGCUAACACUGACCAGGCUGAUGCUACAAACCAUACAGCUAUGCCUGUCCCUACCCUGACACCUGGCCUAAAAAUUCCGACCAAUCACAAGAUGCUGUUUCGAACGAUUAACAACGAGGCGGUUGCCAAUGGCGACAGCAUCCUGAAGACUAUGAAGCAACGGGACUCACCAAGCUCGGAACCUACCAAGAGACGUAAGAAGCCAUCAGGCGUGAAGCGACGCAGCGCGUCCCAUAGCCCCACACGCAAGGGGCGACGCACAGGGAGAGGCAAGGGGAGUGAGACAGACAGCGAAAAGGAGAAGAGACAGGGUCAUAGACGGAGGAAGGGGUCCGUGCCGGGGGGCCCGUCAGACCCUAUGACAAGUGAAAGUGUGCCAGAUUUGAAGCUCGGACCACAAAACGACCAUACAGCAUUAAGGAGACGGAGUUCAGACAUAGUCCAACCAGACAAUCGGUCCAGGCUGGCUGCACGGUUCACCAAGUCACAUUCAGUUGGCGAGAAUCCUGAAGCAAGCGUCUCGUGCCAAGUUGUGGACUUGAACAACAUGAACAGUAACUGGAAACCCAAGAAAGAGGUGUCAUUCUGGAUGUGAACAUGAACCGACCGGAACCAGAUUGAACUGGAUCAGUCCGGUUCAUACCGGAUUGCACCAAAGUGGGUUAACUCUUUCAACCUCGUAAAAAGGUUACUAGCCAAGUCUUUGUGUGUGUCAUGUGACUAGUAUUUCAAAUGAACAAAGAGUACUGUUUAUGUAUAUAUAUUUAAUUGCCACCAAUGUAUUCUGAUAUAAUAGGAAAAUGAUUAUUUGGAAUCCAAAUGAAUAAAUUGAGGGUUAAACGUUAAAUUUGGAAAUUCAGUUUUAGGCCAGUUUUAUUGGUUUUAUUGUAUUACAGUUGCAUAUAGACGUAGUACACAGGCCUAUGCCAAUGCACACAUACUCAGAACAGCCAUGUUUCAAUCAAAAGGAGUAUUCUACAUGCAAAUGAGAAUAAAAAACUGGUUGAAACCAGUUUGGACCAGUUCGAGGUGGUUCUCAACCUGUUUAGACCAGUACAUAAUUACACACAAACUACCAGUGAGUUUGGGUACCAAUAUUUCAGUACUAAUGCUUUCGCUGUACAGCCCAUCAGUUUAUUAAUAUUUCAUGACAAUCGUAUUGUACAUUCAAUGCCAAAAUUCUUUGAAAGAACAAUUCAGUUUCUAAAAUUGGUGUGCACUUUUGUCAAUGAAACUGCUGUGUAUAAAAUUGAUGCCUUUUGUUUUAUUUAGAAUUGAUAUUCAAAUCUUUUUCAUUAUGUUUGCAUGAAAACAUUUUGAGUGAAGAAAAAGUAAAAACAAAAAGCAGAAAGUUGUGCACAAAGCUAAUAGGUCUUCAGUUCCAGUACCUCUUAAAAGACUUUUUUUUUACAUUCCUAUUGUCUGAAAUAACUGCUGAACAAGUUGCUUUUCUCUGCGUACCUUCGUUAUUCUUACCACUGUUAAGUUAUAUGUAAAUAUAGCUGAAAGAUGUAGUAUUGUGCCGUCCAUAUAUAACAAACUUUUGACGCCGAUGUGAACUUGUUAUUGUAGGUGCUGUAUAUAUGUCAGUUUGUAACUUUGAGAUUCUUUUUAUUGUAACUAUUGUACUAAGAGUACUUUUAUCAGUUGAUAAUGACCAAAGACAAUCUUAUGUUUUAAUUCAUGCCAGUUCUUAACCCUUGUAGAAGACUUAUGAUCGUAUAUAUAUCGCAGGUUCAAACUUUAGUAGUUCCAAAGAAUGCCCUUAUGUGUACAUAUCAGUGAAGUUUUUAAGCAAAGUAUUCAAUUUUUAAAAGUGUGGUGCUUUAUUUGUUUGGUAUGCCAAAAAUAGCAUUAUCGAUUCAGUUGGUCGU